UCUCCUCCAUCUCAUUGCUUUCAUCAUUCUCCUUAAUUAGAAUGAAAGUAAAAAGCUUUCCUUUUUUUCUUCCACUGAACAUGCUUCCUCUUCUUAGACCAGUCCAAAUCAUGUUUUGUGGCUGGGGCCAGAAAACUGCCCUGGAGACCGUGGCUCUCAUUGUGCUUGGAGUUUUAUGACCGUGCACCCUUGCCUGGUGGUCAUAUGAUUUUUUUUUUCUUUAUUUUAAAAUCUUUUUCUUCAUCCUGAAAUAUUUACUUGACAGAUUGUAUAUGUUCAAAGCGAUGGUUUAAAAACAUGCAGGUGCUGAGUAGUAAUCACAACAGUUAAAUUCAUAAGCAUACACACCACGAUGUGUGCUAUACAUUAUUAGAUCCCCAGGAUUUACCUUGCAACUGAAACUUUGCCCUUUUGCCCAAUCCUUUGCACUUGGUGCUAGAAAUAAGUAAGUACAGCCAUUAUAUAUCUAUAUCUAUAUCUAUCUAUCUAUCUAUCUAUCUAUCUAUCUAUCUAUCUCUAUCUAUCUAUCUAUCUAUCUAUCUAUCUAUCUAUCUACAUAUAUAUAUUCUGGAGGAUUGUUUGUUUUUGUAACAAUGUAGCAAAUCUCACUUCAGAAUGCAAACCCAAAACAAACAAAAUCAACAUAUCAACACCCUCCAUUGCAAUGCAACAGCACUCACUGAAAUGUCUUUUAACUCAACGGCUACAGGUGUUUCUUGUUCAAAAGGCACAGUAGCUGGAGGAGGGCAGCUCAGUUAUACCACAGAACAUGUGGAGACAGUACAUGAGGACUGAGCCAUUGCUUAUCCCUAGGGCUACACAGCCAGCUGGCUGUGCAUGCCUCCCACCUGGAGCCUGGCCUGUCAGCCACACUCUGGGACACCCUCGGUUUCUACAGAGUGGAGUGUGCUAAGAUUGUCUCCUUUGAUGGAGGGUAGAACAUUUUUCUGAGUUCCUGCAUGGUCCUUGCUGGCACCCAUGGAUUCUGACCAUGUCUAAAGACUGAUUUCCACCGACUUGCUCUUAAGUGAGUCUUACGUGCAACACUAAUUGGACUCAAUAGGUCUUUAAAAAAACAACAAAAGGACAUGGAAAUGGGAGGGAGACCUCUUACCCUUACACCACCUUUUUGGCAAAAAUCUUUGCUGAUGUGAUUUCUUUCCCUGAGCUCCAUUUGUUUUUUCUCUCUGUCCUCUCUGCCGGGUGGCAAGUCCCCUGAGGGCUAAAUCUGGGGCUGAUUCUUCUGUACCCAAGAUUUCCCCACUAGACUGCCCCACAGUAGCGUUAUUUUUAAUGCAUGGCUUCCUACUUAGCAGCUCUGAUCUCUUACUACGCUUCUGUGACCACGAGCUUCUUUUUUCUAUUUGAGUGACAGAAUACCUUUUCCCCAAUCAUCUCAGUGUCCGCAUUUUUUUCCAGGUGCUUCCUCUUGCUCUAGACUGUUUUCAGCACUGCCUGUCUCUGCCUGGUUCUUCAGUUCUCUUCCUUUCUCCCCAAAUCCCAGAAGCAGCCCCAUGCACGCUGACUAAAGGGGUCAGAGCAUGAAGUCAGAAUAUUAGGGUGACCAGUGGCCCCGCAGUUCAGAGCAAUGGUCUUCCUUUGAGCUAUAGGCCAAAUCCCUCAUCGCUCAUCCUGGAAGAGACACCCUUCAACAGAGCCCGGCUUCUGAGUCCAACUUUGUUGGUUUAGUUACGCUACAAGGCUUCUGCUCCUGCCCCUGCUGUUACAGCCUACAGAUUCCUGGUACCAAUCUGAUUGAACAACUUAAUUAAGAUGCAAUAAAAGAAAAGUGGUCCGGAUGUGCCCUGAGGCAGAGCAGUCUAGACUCUGCCACUGCCCCCUCUUAAGCCUGGAGCCCUUUCUCACCCUUCCUAAAUGCCCUGAGCUGCCAAUGGCCUCAAAGGAAAAGCUUUAGUGCUGGGUGCAGAGGACCUUAAAGGUUCAUCACUCCACCAGCUUGUUUAUGCUGGUGGCCGGCCACCUCAGUUCAUUGUCACGUCCAAGUGCUCUGGUCUCUAGGAUUUAGAAUUUAGCACAGCCCAGAGCUUAUCUCACUAGACCAAACAGGAGGGGGAAAAGGCCUUAAAACCCUGGAACUGAGCUGGAGAGAUGGCUCGGAGCCUAGCACACCCGCUCUUGUGGAAGACUUGAUUCAGUUCUAGCACCCAUGUCCGGUGGCUCUGUGAUCACCUGAAACCCCAGCUUUAGGGCAUUCAGUGCCCACUCAUGGCCUCCAGGAGCAUCCAUGUAUGGCAGACAUACAGACACUCACACACAAAUAAAAAUAAAACCUUAACAGGGGGAUACAAAGUAAAUAAAGUGUAAUUAAUAAUUUUUUUUAAAAGCUUAAAAAGAAACCAUUGAAACCCAUGUUCUUGUUUAUGGUUUUCGAUAGCAGCUUCAGGAAAUAUAUCCACUACCAUGUACCUGUUUAAAGUGCUUUCUCUUUUAGUGUGUUCAGAGUUGUGCAACCAUCACCAUUUAAGGUGUUUUUUUUUUCCACUUCCCAAAGAAACCCAACAUCCCUUUGGUGUCGUUCUUUGAUCUCUUCAUUUGGCCUUGUGCUGGGUGAUGGGUAUUCUGCUUUCUGCCUCUGUACAGAUGCUCUCUUUAGUAUUUUCUGUAGUCAAGUAAUAUUCUAUCUUGCAUAUGCCUCCUUUUAAAAAGACUUUGAUGUCUUUAAGGUGUACAGCCUGAUGUCUUGACCUGACAUAGUUGACUCUCCAUUCACUCACUAGCUGAUGGACAGCUAGUUGUUUUCAACUUCUGGCUAUCGUGAAGAACGCUUCAGUGCACAGAGAUUUGUGUUGAUACAUGUUUUCAAUCCCCUGGGACUGACAAACCUAUUUGCUCUUGUGCCUCUCAUCAACAGCACCAGUGCCAUAUGGGUGAAGUACCUAAGGCCUCAUCACACACAUUGAUUCGCUGAAAAAUAGUGAGGCCAGAAAGAGGUCCAGAGAAAGACCGACUCAGAGAGGCUGUAUUCUACCCUUGCUCGCUGCCUUACAUGAGACCUCAAAGAAGGAAGUUACAGCAGCUAAUUCUGAUAAUUAGCUGCCAAAACCUUUAUUACCUUAAGGAAAAGAUGUGAUAGCAGAGAACUUUCAUUUGAAAUACAGGGGUCAGGGGGGAUGGUGUUAAAAACUAUCAACAUACAGGGUCAGGGGGACGGUGUUAAAAACUAUCAGCAUACCGUCACACGUACCGUCAAUUUACAUUUGAUCUGGUUCUUUUCGUAUUCCCCAUCUGCCAUCUUCUAAUUUCCCAGUGAGGACCAUAUUCCUGCUUCUUGGUGGAAUCAGACUCUCCCUCUCUAACCAACUCACUCCGUUCUUACCAAGCUGGUGGAUGACCUUGCAGAGAGUUGAGAGGUGGGGCACUGAGUUAGGGCAGUGUCUUUCAGAUCUCAAAGCUCUGUGUGUGUGAGACAGGGCUGCUCCACUAUGUCCUGGUGCCCCAUUUUCUGGCCACUCCAGACUCCUCAACAAGAGGCUGAGCAGAACAAAUAGUUCCAGAUCCCUAGCAGUUUGAACUGUAGGCAAUUACCAUCGUCUACUGUCUACUCAUUUUUCAAAAAAAAAGAAGUGGCAAUGUCACAUGACUAGUGGGAUUCUACCUGGCAGUUUUGUUGCUAACGUCCUUCCCUUCUGGUCUGCCUCUUCGGUACUCACCUUCUAGGUUCAGAGAAGCGAGGUGUACUUCCUCACUCAAAUUUGGAGCAUUCCUUUCUCCAGGCGCUGAUGUGUGAUGAGGCCCGAGUACAGAGGAGGCGAGGAGAGCCCUGAGCCAGCAGUCAAGAAGCUUAGGAUCAGGCCUUGGCUCCCAUUAGCCACCUGCCUCCAAUUUGUUCUCUCAGUCCAUGCACCCUGUAAGGAGAGAUGUGCCCUAGCCACUUUCAACCUCAGGCCUUGGAGUAGCUUCUCAAGCCUAUGUAUGUAUAAAGCUGUGACCCCGGGCCUGGCAUGAAGACACGGCUUCAGCUUCUGCCACCUGCUUCCUGUAGGCAGUCCCUUGAAGGCCCUUCACUCUCACUCACCCCUUGGCACAGGGUGCUGCAUCUGCUUCACUGCUUUCUGUUAGCUACCGGCUGACUCCAGCUGUCCUAGGAGCCGCUUCCUCUGCCUGCCUUUCCUACUUCUUCCGAUAGGAUUGUAUGUUAAUUACCUGUUUGCAUAUCUGACCUUGUCUGUCCACUCUAGACUUCUGAUUAUAUCCCCUAAUUCUAAUUCAUCCUUUAACCGCCUAGGCCAGGAUACGGUACUUGGCAAGCCUUGUUUAAAAACAGUGGUGUUCGUGUACGCAUGUGUGUGUGUGUGUGUGUGUGUGUGUGUGUGUGUGUGUGCUUGCGCUUGCGCGCCAUAACUCACUUUACUCAUUUGCUGUGAAAAGACGGAAGCUUUUUAUCCAUUGACUUCCUUAAAGCCUCCUUUGUCUCCUAGGAACAGAAGAGGUUAAUUUUAAAGACUUUCAAUUCCUAUAGUCUAAGAAAUGGACAUGAAUUCUUACCCUUCCGCAGCCACACACAGGGAUUCUAUGGGGACCCAGAGAAACAGGAGAGUGGCUGGCUAAAGGAAAGUUUCCAAGGAAUUCUGAUGAUAGUUCUUUUACGUUCUUUACACAUGCUUUAUUCAAAUGUAGCGAGUAUUUGCAGAGUGCCUAGGAACACAUAUGUCAGUGUUAGGCACAGCAGCGUGACACAAAGUCGGAGGUAAACACUAUCUUCCCUGGAUCGCCAGUAACCAUCUCAUUCUCCGAUAUACCUCGAAGUGCCUACCCAAAUCCUGUCCUGCUGCCUGCUUAUUCUUGCCAGGAUUCGCGGAUGUGCUCGGAGAGGCUGGCCCAUGUCCCUAAAUUGUCGCAGCCUGAUCCAAUAUUGGGCUUCCACCCCUAAGCCCGAGGUCCACUUAGCGGAGCCUGAGGCCGGACGCCCUCUGGCGGUGGUGCUCGGGAGGUACAGCCCGGCGCGAAGCUGGCGAGGGCAGCGGGACCUGAACUCCUUCCUGUGGACUAUUCGGCGCCAUCCCCCAGCCUACUUGUUUGGCACCAUCCACGUUCCCUACACCCGAGUCUGGGACUUCAUCCCUGAUAAUUCCAAAGCGGCCUUCCAGGCCAGCACCCGGGUCUACUUCGAGCUGGAUCUGACAGAUCCCUACACCAUCUCCGCACUGGCCAGCUGCCAGCUGCUGCCCCAUGGGGAGAACCUGCAGGAUGUGCUGCCGAGGGAGCUCUACUGGCGCCUGAAGCGCCACCUGGACUACGUGAAGCUGAUGAUGCCCUCCUGGAUGACACCAGCGCAGCGAGGCAAAGGCUUGUACGCUGACUACCUGUUUAACGCCAUUGCUGGCAACUGGGAGCGUAAGAGGCCAGUGUGGGUGAUGCUCAUGGUGAACUCGCUCACGGAGACAGACGUGCGCUCCCGAGGUGUGCCUGUGCUGGACCUCUACCUGGCCCAGCAGGCCGAGAAGAUGAAGAAGAGCACCGGGGCUGUGGAGCGGGUAGAGGAGCAGUGCCAUCCCCUCAAUGGGCUCAACUUUUCCCAGGUACUGUUUGCCCUGAACCAGACGCUGCUGCAGCACGAAAGUGUGCGGGCUGGGAGCCUGCAGGCACCCUACACCACAGAGGACCUCAUCAAACACUACAACUGCGGGGACCUCAAUGCAGUGAUCUUCAACCAUGACACAUCCCAGCUACCAAACUUCAUCAACACCACCCUCCCGCCUCAUGAGCAAGUGACAGCCCAGGAGAUCGACAGCUACUUUCGCCAAGAGCUCAUCUACAAGAGGAAUGAGCGCAUGGGGAGAAGGGUCAUGGCACUUUUGCGGGAGAACCAGGACAAGAUCUGCUUCUUCGCCUUUGGAGCAGGUCAUUUUCUGGGGAACAACACUGUCAUCGAUGUCCUAAGACAGGCUGGGCUGGAGGUGGACCACACACCCGCCGGGCAAGCAAUCCAAAGUCCUGCUGCUGGGAGCCCAACUCCUUCUCCUGAGGGCACCUCUCCUGCCAGCCCAGCCCCAGCAACCCCAGCUGCUGCAGUCCCAGAAGCAACCUCAGAGACCCCCACCGCCCCUCCCGAGGAGGAGGAUCCAGUCCUGUCCCCACAUCUCCUGCUCCCUGACAGCCUUAGCCAGCUGGAGGAGUUCGGGAGGCAGAAGUGGCGCAAGAGGCUGAACAAACACCAGCGGCCAAGGCAGUUCAACGACCUCUGGGUCCGAAUCGAGGAGAGCACCACUAUCUCGCCACCUCCGCUGCCCCUCCAGCCCACCCCCAGCUCCGGGACCACCAAACCCUUUGCCAAGUCCUCACACCAGCUGCAACAGCAGGACCUUGUGGGGCCUACCAGAAGCUCAGCACCUACACUGCGCCUCCCUUCUGUCAUUGCUGCCACCAUCGUUGUCCUCUUCCUACUAUAUGCCCUCGGGCCUUCCUGACCUCGACCACCCUUGCAGAGAAGCCAGAGAAAUCACAGGAGUCUGUGGCCAUGCCCACUGCCUGACACCACCUCAGAGGGUGCUGACACCUCAAGGCAGUUCACACAGAACAGGGACCUUAUAACACGAGAGCUUUAUUGUACCCAAGUUACAUCUUCUUUUUUGUAGAAGGUCUUAAUUUCCCAUAGUGCUAUGGGGCUCUUUUGUAAAAUAUGUGUCCAUAUUAAAAGAGAAAAUGUAUUUAUUCUAUCGAUAAAACUAUUUUUAUGUAGCCUAUGUUAUAGUCCCUGAAUUAGCCCCAAAACCAACCCAGGGAAGGAGCCCAGGUUCCCAUGACUUCUGUGACCUGUGUGGACUGUGGCUUUGAAUUGGCCUCAAGCCUCCUAGUCAGGCUUGGCUUCUUCUACUAUUGGUGUCUCUGAGGGCAGGCAGAAAGGCAGCCCCAGCUUUUGUGAAGCUGGAUUUCAGAGCCAGAGGCAUGGUGGCCAGCCACCGUCCCCAUCCCUGGAUGUGUCCAGGCCCUGGAGGGACAAUUUAAGAAGAAAAAAAAGAAUGCUGCUAUAUUGAAGUCCUGAGUGUCUGUGGACUGGCCCUCCAGAGCUCCUGGUGAGUUUGUGGUGUGUGUGUGUGUGUGUGUGUGUGUGUGUGUGUGUG